CUGGCUCUAAGCUUUGGCUUUUGCCCUUUCAUUGGGAGCUGACAGAUAUUGCUUUGCCUUGUACUUAGUAGAUCAGUGCUUGAGAGGGUUCUAACCAAGGUUUUUUGUUUCAGAGCAUAAAAAGUUGUUUAACCAUGGCUUGUGCUAGCCAAAGAGCCAAGGUUCAGACAAAGUUUUCUCCCACUUUUCCACAUUUUUUCAGGAUUGUUCUUGAACAAAGUUUUGGGAACAAGUUACAAAUUCCUAAGACAUUUUGGAGGAAAUAUUGUGGCUCCUUAUCGAGUCAAGUAUUUCUUGAGCUUCCAUGUGGCUCAAGAUGGGAGGUAGGGUUGACAAAAAGUAGUGAUGGAAAGGUUUGGAUAGAAAAGGGUUGGAAUAAUUUUGCUGAACAUUGUUCUUUAGGCCGAGGAAACCUCUUAGUUUUUCGAUACAAAGGGAACUCUCAGUUCAAUGUUAUCAUAUUUGACAAUACUACUGUUGAGAUAGAUUAUCCUUUUAAUCCUAACCAUAUUGAGAAAUAUGUUGAUAUUGAUGAAGAUGAUGCUUCUACUGAAGAUUCAGACUUUUCAUGGUAUCCUAAAACCAGAGACAAGUCUCCAUUACCAUGUUCUCGGUCCCACAAGCAAAUGAAAACUAGUCCUUAUGGUAAAUCUGAAGUGAAGUUUGAUUUGUCAGAUAAAAUAUGUGGAGAAUCUUCCAUACUAAGGUGGAUGGAACCUCAAAAUUUUACAAGGAAGCAGAGGUUGGGAGGAAAAGAAAAGGCUGAAGCUCUCAUGAGAGCUAAAGAUUUCAAAUCUAAUGACCCAUUUUUCAUUGUUCCCAUGCAACCAUCGUUUGUUGGAUCAGCGUAUAAAAUGGUUAUACCAUUUCUCUUUGCAAAAGAUUACCUCCUCAGUAUCAGUAAGCAUCAAGAUGUGAUUCUUAAGGUUAAGGAUGGGAGGACCUGGUCUGUUAAGUAUUAUAGUAGAAAGGGUAGAAGAAGUUCAAAAACCAGAUUCGAGUGCGGUUGGAGGGCAUUUGCUCAGGACAAUGAUUUGAAAGUAGGUGAUGUUUGUGUCUUUGUUAUGAGAAAGAGCAUUGGCAUAAUCUUAUUCGAAGUUAUUUUUUAUAAAAAUGGAGCAGCAAAUUCCUCUAUGUUACCAGCUGCAAAUAAGAGAAGAGAAGCUACACCGUCCAAGCCGAAGAAAAACCCUUGUGUGAAAGUUGAAUCUUCUUUAACUAGCAAGUAUGAGAAAGCAAGCAUUAUUUCACAGGACUUAGUUGCAAAGAAAGAAAUAGUUGAACCUUACAAGUUUACGAAGCUGAAAUCUGAAGCCAAUACUGGAAAUCAAGGCACUCACAAGUGGCCUUCAUCUUCAGGACUUAGCAGAGCUUCUGAAGCAGCCAGCCAAUUUUUCUCAAAAAAUCCUUACUUCCAAGUGAAUGUGCGAUCAACUCAAUUGCAUGGACAUAGACUGUAUAUUCCAUCGACUUUUGGAAGGCAUUAUUUGGAGGGCAAUGCAAAAACUUUUACUCUCUGGGUUGGUGAGGAAUAUUGGCAUGUGAGGUUAAUUGUUUAUUGAUCAGAUUAUAAGUUUUCUGCUGGAUGGGCUGCAUUUGCAAGAGAGAACUAUCUUCAGCCAAGUGAUGUCUGCAUCUUUGAGCUGAUCAAGAGGAAUCAACCUGAGAUGAAAGUGACUAUAUUUAGACAAAGUGGUUUGGCUCAAGAGUAGUAACUAUUGUAAUUGUGCAAAUCAUAAGAAUCAUUUUGGGAGCAAGGAAUAUGCCACUCAUAUAAUAUGUAGUUAGUAUAGCUAAUAGCUAGCGUUUGAAUGGUCAGCAUGACCCUGUUGAAUGGUUUU